AUGGAAGAUUUAUUGGACGACCGGAAAACUGCUGUCCAGCAGUUGCAAACAGCAGAUCAUGGAGUUGAAACCGGUACUACUUCUGUUCGGAAGAGGAAGAUUGUUAAAGACAAAGAUGGGUUUGAAUUGAUAAAAAAAGAAACUAAGCCACUCAAACUGCCAGAAAGCACUUCUUUUGUUGAUGUGUCAAAGUUAUACGGUCGAGAUGGGGAGAAAGAAGACAUAAUAAGGAGAUUGCUGUGUGGAACUGGUGAAGAAGAAGAAGGGAUUUCCAUUCCUACCAUCACUAUUUUAGGGAUGGGAGGAAUAGGGAAAACAGCUCUUGCCCACAUCCCUUUGAUCUUAGCCAAAUUGCAAGAGCAAUCCUUGAAGAUCAGUGAAAACAUUAAAGACAAGAAAUUCUGUCUUGUUCUGGAUGAUGUGUGGAAAGAUCAUGGUCAAGAUUGGGAACAACUAAAAGCUACUUUCCAAUCUGUCAUGUUGGGAAGUAGGAUUUUAGUAACUACUCGUAAGGAUUCUGUUGCAAAGCACUUGGAAUCCUCCCAUGUCGUUCAUUUAAAUCUAUUGUCUGAGGAGAUAUGUUGGUUGAUACUUUCUCAAAAGGCAUUUAUUGGAAUGAGCCAGAUGGACCGUGAAAAUUUAGAAUACAUUGGAAGGAAAAUUGCAAAGAAGUGCAAAGCAAUCGAUGGCGCAAGAUAUUUGAACUCUGUUGACAAUUUAAGAGAAGAACUCAAAGGCGAAGAAUACUUCAAAUUUGUUACAGAGAAGAUAGUUGAAGAUUUAACAUUAGACUUAUCUUCCAAAAAACCACGUCAUAUGAGGUUGGUGGUUGAAAAUUGCAGCUCUUCUCCUAUGUCCAUUUAUGGCACAGAAAAAUUGCGAAGCCUUGUAGCAUAUUGGAGAUCUAGAAAACUUGGACUCCUUGGUGGAAAGCUUUGUGUUGACCUGACAGGGGAUGCAAUAGAUUGGGAUGAGGCUAAGAAGGCCAAGCUUCACAAGAAGAUAUAUCUCAAGCAAAUGGAGAUUUGGAUCGGCACUCUGCAUAUAAAGGAAGAGGAGGUAGUUCAAGCUUUAAACCCACCAUCCAACUCGCCUGUAAAACUGUGUGAUUAUAAAAGCUGGCGUCAAAGGCAUCAUAUUGUAAAACUUGGACCUCCUUGGUGGAAAGUUUUGUGUUGA